AUGACAACCAUCAGCCCUCAGGUUGUCACAACCGGAUCCCUUCCUGUCACAACCCCGACCUUUAAAACCACAUCAGCCUCUACUUUCACCCAGUUAACUAUGAAAACAUCGACCAUCAGUUCAGCUUCUACUGCCAGAGGAGCCACUACCCACUCCAUUACCAGAACCCCUGCAAAUAUCUCCAAACUUUAUUUUGAAGUCAAGGUGAAUGUUACCAUAACAGGAGAGUGUGACCCACAACAGAUUCUCCCCAUCUGGCUUAACAUGAGCCUCCCUGAUGACCUAAUGAGAGUGCUGGACCUGCAGCUGCUCCCCAACGCAGGAAGGUGUCAUCCUGAAACGCAAUAUCACUCUACUUUAAACCAAGUGUUCAAAGAUGGAGUUUUAAGAGAGAGGUUCAUUUUCCAGGUCCAAGUGUCAAUGCAACAGUCAGACAUGCAGGAAAUAGGAAACCAAAUACGGCACUGUCUGCUGAUGCCCUUUGACAAUGGGUCAGUCUCCAUAGCAACGGAGGAUGUACAGAUAAGUCCAAUAUUGGUUCUUCAGUGUGAUGCUGAAGCCCAGCAGACUCUAAAAGGCCUGUUCUUGUGGCCUAACACUACAGGAGGCACAAAUGCUACAUGUGCAUGCCCAAAAAACCCUCGGCACUCUGCUAUCCGACCUUGCAAACUGUCCCAGUGGACCCACUGGAAGAAGCCAAACCUUGAAGACUGCCCUCCAGUGAUAGAAACUAUUCCUGAUCUGGAUCAUGUUGAAGUCACUCCUGGGAACGCAUUUGAUGUGGUUGAGAUGAUCGAGGAAUUACUGAAAAAUCAAUCCACUCUCAUCUACAAAGAGCUGGUCACAGUCCUCAACAUGCUGAAGGACAUCAUCAGUGUCAGUAUGGUCACACCAUAUCUUGGCCAAGCUCUGAUCAACAUCAUCUCAAACAUUUUGGAAUCAGACAGCAACCUGGGACCUUUUACAAACACUAUUUUAAACAUCACAGAGGAGGUGGGAGACAAGAUGGUGGGCUACGAGGGCUCCUGCACGCUAUCUGCUCCAGCAGUUGCUAUCUCAGUGGUGGAUGUAGUCCCUGGACAGUUUAGCAGCUUAAGCUUUGGAGUUAUGUCUGAUUGGACCGGCAACAAAGCUGAGAUUUUUAUUAACAGGUAUCCUUCAGAAGACACGGUGGCUUUCAUUUCCCUGCCAUCUGUCCUGCAGAACAACUUGUCACAACAAAGGCUGGACCAGAACCAACCUAGAAUCCAGUUUCAGUUCUACGCCAACCAACUGAUCUUUAAGAGCAAGCAAAAGAAGCCCGUCCUCAACACCUUUGUGGUAUCGGCCAGUGUGACCAACGCCAGCUCACCGAUCAAAGACCUUAAUGAAGACGUUAAAGUCAUGCUCCACCAUCUACAGCCAAACACGCAUGAUAAAGAAGUGCAUUGCGUCUACUGGAACUUCAGUAAAAAUGGACACGGAGGCUGGGAUGAUCAUGGCUGCCGAAAAUACAAUAGCACUCCUUACUACACAACGUGCCUCUGCGAUCAUCUCACACACUUUGGAGUUCUUCUGGAUGUCUCCAGGACUCAGCUGGACCCGGCCCAUGAGCAUAUCCUGACCAUUAUCACCUAUGUUGGUUGCGGAGUCUCAUCCCUGUUCUUAGGAAUCAGCGUUCUCACAUAUAUAGCCUUUGAGAAGCUUCGUAGAGACUACCCCUCCAAGAUCCUCAUAAACCUCUCUCUGGCCAUGCUGGGUUUGAACCUGAUGUUUCUGGUCAACUCCUGGUUGUCCUCCUGGGGUCUCUACGGCCUCUGUGUGGCAGCAGCAUCCAUGUUGCACUACUUCCUCCUGGCAUCCUUCACAUGGAUGGGAUUAGAGGCUGUCAACAUGUAUUUUGCUCUUGUUAAAGUCUUCAACGUCUAUGUUCCCUCGUAUAUCCUCAAGUUCUGUGCUCUCGGGUGGGGGAUUCCUCUGGUAAUCUGCAUCACGGUUCUCAUGGUGAAUCGAGAUGCCUAUGGCAGUCUCCUCUACACAGAUGCCAAGUACACUUUAGAGCCUUUGGACAUCUCUUACAACUUCUGCUGGCUUAAGGAUGAUCUGACAUUUUUUGUGUCUGUGGUUGCCUAUGCUGGGUUGAUCUUUCUCUUCAACAUCGGGGUCUUUGUGGUGGUUCUGAUUCAAAUUCGCCACAUGCGAUUCAACAGCCCCGCAGGGACCCGGAGAGGGCUUCUGCAGGACCUGAAGGGAGUUGCCAGUCUUACCUUUUUACUUGGACUAACAUGGACUGUAGGUUUCUUUACCUGGGGACCGGCAAGGGUAGUUCUGCUGUACUUGUUCUCCGGACUGAACACCCUGCAAGGACUUUUUGUCUUCCUGUUUCACUGUCUGAUGAAGGAGAAUGUGAGAAAACAGUGGAGGAUUCAUCUUUGCUUUGGACGAUUUCGACUUGAGGAGCACUCUGAGUGCAGCAAUUCAGCAUCAGUUGGAGUCCUCGCAAAGCCCAAAGAACAUGUUUUAAGAACAGCGAUUCCAUCGGUCCGUUCUGUCAAGUCCAACUCCACGGACAGCACUUCGGCUUCUUCUGACUCCAGCCAGAGAGACUCAUCCUGCAGGAGGCCAAACCUGGAUCUUUUUGUGAACGGCCUGGUUCUUCCUCGAGCCCAGACUGGAUCCCCAGACACAGAAACUUCGUCUUCCCACAGGGGGAUGAACCUGACAUCUGCCUAAACGACCAGCCACGACAAUGAAACAAUUACAAUGUGCUGACCUGCACACAUCCCAUUACUUACCACCAGCAUCUUAAUCUUACUGCGUUUUAGAACAAGGCUGUCAGAUUUCCUAGUUAAAAGCAGUGCACACAGCAUUGGCUUCAUCAGCACAUUUUUUCCACACAGUUCUAUUGUCAGUUUUGUUUCCGUUAAAUAUUGGUAAAGAGCCUGUAAUUUCAAAGAGACGAGCAAUUGCAUCAGUAACAAGGAGGAGUUGGUUGCCAAGCAACUGGUGAGUGGAGCAAUGGUGAGAAUGAACUGUGCAACAUUUUGAGUAAAAGGAAAAAUAAUAAUAAAAUGCCAAAUUUAAGGUGACAGGUUAAGCUCUUAUUUAUGUAAAACGUUUUGAUCAUUUCUCAGUUAGGGCAGAUUUUAGUGCCACUUUGUUCUUGGACACCUUUUGUUUGAUCAGGAUAUGAUGGUUUUCAGUCACUUCUCAGAAUGAGGCCACCUCUGCUGCUCACUUUGAUUUCACCCCUAAAAGGUAUUUCUACAGCUGUCUGCCAAUAUAUGUUAAUAUGUAUGUGUUUGUAUGCUGUUAGAAUUCAGUGAUGUUUAUUCACAGACCAAUCUGCAAGCUGCGACAAAUGAAAUUAAAGCACCAUAAAAUCAGACUAGAGCUCUUCAUUUCUGCUUUCUAUUGUCUCGCCCAUUUUGUACUACAAAAGCGAGCAACAGCUUAGUUUUGGCAUGUUAUAAAGACCAAUCUCCAUUUAUUGAAUACAAACUGGAAGACAUGUGGCUAUGUAAUCAACACACUUUGUAAAUGUGUAAUAUCUGACAUACCUUCGAUCUCAGCUUCAAAUAAAAUCAUUGCUUAAAGGUUAA